AUGAGCAUCGAUUCACGCAUGAGUCGGGUCCAGGGUGGUUCCCUGAAGGAGGUGCCGAAUGGCAGGUUCACGACACCAGCUGGUGGAGGCCAGUUGCAGCUCAGUAAUUUGGGCGCCCCUCAAGACGUUUACUCUUCCAAGGUCCAAUCUGGGCAACAACAACAACAACAACAACAGCAACAGCAGCAGCAACAACAACAACAACAAUAUCAUCAACAGAAUCAACAGCAGCCAUCUCAACAGGCAGUUGUCGCGGCUGGAAGCUUCGUGAGGAGAGGACCGUUCAACUCGAGCUACUACAGCGCCCGGCCGCAAGCGCAUGUUCAGAGCUACGGCCAACCGCCACCGGUGCGGCAGGCCAUGCAACAGGGCAGUCGUCGUGCUCGCCGACACCUUCAACAGCCGCCGUCUGCCUUCCAGUACUACUACCCCGUCGGUCCUCAACAGCAUUCUCAACCGCAGCACCAAUUGCGUCAGUCACAAGUGAACUUGGCGCAACACCAACAACAUCACCCAAAACAGACCCCACCUCGUUGGCUGCUGCGGCACAUCGACUAUCCAGUCGAAGAACUGCCCCGAGGAGUCGACGACAUUCCGCUCGCCUUUAUACCACUUACGCAACAGCAACAGCUCAUGCAUCCGGCCGGAAACGGAGGAGGAGGAGGAGGAGGAGGAGGAGGGUCGUCAAGGUCUUACUCGCGCUCUUCGUCCCUGGCCAACCUGGGGGGAGCGGGCGGAAGAAGGGACUCGGAUCGCGACAGAUCGGGCGAAUCCCCGCCUCCGCUGCCCUCCAGAUCGACGCCAACGCCCAACUGGGGAGGUCAUGGAAGCGCCAACAACCUGAUUCACGUCGACUUGGAGGGGAACCGCGAAUUGCGCGAGCCCGGCAUGACUGAGUUCGACCAGAUUGCGCCGGUUGGCACGGCCAUGAUGGGUGGCUACAUGAUGCAACCAGGCGAGCAGGGCAUGGCCUACGAGGCAGAUGUCGGAUUCGGUGGGGGACAUGGCGACAUGGACGGAGACGAGUUCGGCUACGGUCACCACGGGGGCGAGGAUCAGGACUUCGACUAUCGGACAGCCGAGAUCGAGGGUUACGAAGUUGGCGGUGGCGUGGAGGACGCCGAGGUUGUGGAUCGUCAAUUCCAAGAGGAUGAAGGUCACGACAUCAUGGACACCCUGAACGAAGAUCACUUCCAAGGUGACGAGUUCGGUGGGGACAGGAUGGACGACUACAACGAGCGUGACAUGGGUGGUGGUCUAAACGACGCUGACAACGAGAGCCUGCGCGGCGGGAAUGACGACAACAUUGUCUGA